AUGAGGGCCUCUACCUGGAUCCACUGGGUGUGCUUAGUGCAAUGGUUGGUCGCCAGGGCUGAGGGCCAUGGAGAUGCAACCUGCAUGUUGCAACACAAGGUCCAGGAGUCCCUGGAUCCCGCCUUUGAUUGCCAAGAUGGGGCUGGGAUCGAAGCCUUUUGCGCAAAGAACCCGAAGGUCACCGCGAAGGGGGUCAUGUGCACCGUGAAGUGUGACAGCGAUGGUGCUGUGAGAGAGAUCGUCCAUGAUGCGGUGAGCUUGGAGGAUGCCAGUGGAAGCACCUGGAGCGUGUUAGAACCUGACCCGGAAAAGCUCCAAUGGCACUACACGGGCUAUUUUUUGAAAUUGACUGUGAAGCUUGAUCCGGGUGAACCACUGUGUUUGUGGCGUGCUCUAUGCAGCAAAGAGGAGAAGGAUGGCAUCAUUGAACACCACAAGCACGAUGCAACGCCUGUGACAGAAGACGACUUUUGGACGCUCAAAUUCGGCUACUUGACGGUGCCUUUAGACUAUGACAACACGAAGCCUUCACAUGAGAUCACCCUAUCUUUGCGAGUGUCUGCCUUGAUUGGACCUGCAGGACCUCACGCCCCGCUGAUCCUUCAGCACAACGGCGGUCCUGUCUCGGAUGACCUGGAUGUUCUUUAUGGAGUGCUGAGCAAAAAACCUGAUCUCUACAAUACAUCACCAACAUCCGCCAUGGUCAAGGCGUACACCGUUAUUGGCAUCCAACAGCGCGGCAUGUCCAGUUAUGCGGGCAUCGGCAAUGGUCGGUUUGAACCGUUGCCAGUGAAGAGCAAGGAGUUUCUGAAAGUGUGCGACGGCAAAGACUUGACUCCUGCGCCCGGCAAGUCGCAUUACGACCUUCGCGACUUCACCUCUUGCGAGUGUAACCUGCCAGAGGAGAGCAACCCAUGGUCGCGUUGUUUGGGUGACAAGCCCAGUCGUUUGAAAUGGAGACCGCCGGACGAUGGGCUCGGUCGGCCGCCGGACGAUCGUCCCAAAUCGCUGCUUUCGCAGGAGGGUGUGGAGGUACCAAGUCCGUUUCCAGAUCCGGAGGACGAGGCUGAGAUGAUGAAGUGGUUCGAAUUUACAGCUUCCAGGAACCGAAACUGCUACAAUUCACCUUACUGGGAAAUGAAGGUUUCGAGCGGUGGCAAGGAUUACACCUACAACUUCCUGGACUACGUUGGUACCCAGAUGCUUGCAAUGGAUCUUGACCGCCUUCGCGAGGCUUUAGGUGCAAAGACGCUUAGCAUCAAUGGUCUGAGCUAUGGCACAGCGGUGGGAGCUGCCUAUGCUGGAGCUUUUCCAAAGAGUGUCGACAAGUUGAUUCUCAAUGGAAACGUGGUGCCUGGUCAUGAUGUGAGUGACUACUAUGAGUACACGGCUUUGGCCUCCCGCCAAGGCCUGACAAAGCUCGUGCAAAUGUGCUGGAACGCACGCUAUGACAAGACGGAACUCCACAAAGACAAGAUUCAAGAACUCUGCAACAUGGAUGGUUUUGACCCAGUGGAGUUCUUCAUGAAGGUUGUUGCGAAGGUGAAGGCGGAAGCAGAUGGUGCGACAUCUGGUAGCUCUCUAUACUCUCUCCCGACAGAGCUAAACACACGUUUCACGAUGACCCCUGCAAUGCUCUACCAAUUCAUGAACCGACCCAUCUCUUCGGGAACAGCAGGUCAGUGGCAGAAUGUUUUAGAGAAGCUUAGCGACCUAGGUGGCAGCAACAAGACGCGCCUUGAAACGGCGACGCGGGCAGUCUUCGAUGAGGUUUGUGCGAACUCUGUCACGAGCGUGGGGCAGCGUGAUUGGGAGGUCUAUGGCUAUUGCAAGGAGUUCAUACUUCUUUGA